AUGACCGCACCGAAUGAUGUUGUCCUCCGCGAUAUUCUGGAAGAAUGCCGCGAUGGGGUUGAUGGGAUCGGUUUCAAUGAGGUGGUGGUGAUGCUGGAAAGCACUGCCGCAUCGGCGGAAGUGUAUAUGGACUUUGAUGAUCUGAGGUUCACCCCCAACGGUCGCGUGGUCACGCUGAUGGUGCCCGGCGGAACGCACAUGCACCUGGACAUGUCGAAAAUCCGGGAGGCGGAAUUCAUUCAAACCACCAAUGACCAGGGGUUACCGUCGUAUCAACUGUGGAUGCGCGACGGCGACGGCCAUCCGGCGAUGCGCGUUUAUCUGCGCAAAUCGGAAGUGGAUGCCACCAACCCGCACCGGCACAAUUUCUUCAUGGCGCUGCUGGAAAAGUAUCCUCAAAAAAUCGCGUUGCCCGCCGACGCCUACGAUUCGAUAGAAGAACACCCGUAG